UGAAUAAUUAAUGAGGUGACUAAUUGAUUGAGGAGGAGAUUUCAAAAUGGCUUCCUCAGUGUAUAAGAGGGCCCCCACUACGGGGUCUAAAAAGAGACCAGGUGCUAAGGUUGAGCUAACAGAAGAGCAGAAACAAGAGAUAAGAGAAGCAUUUGAUUUAUUUGAUGCUGACGGAACUGGAACUAUUGACGCUAAAGAACUAAAGGUGGCCAUGAGAGCUUUGGGUUUUGAACCAAAAAAGGAAGAAAUAAAGAAAAUGAUUUCGGACAUUGAUAAAGACGGAUCUGGUACUAUUGAUUUUAACGAGUUUCUACACAUGAUGACGUCGAAAAUGUCUGAAAAAGACUCUAAAGAAGAAAUAUUAAAAGCUUUUAGACUAUUUGACGAUGAUGAAACAGGCAAGAUAUCUUUCAAUAACCUCAAGAGGGUAGCAAAGGAACUCGGAGAAAAACUGACAGAUGAAGAACUUCAAGAGAUGAUUGAUGAAGCUGAUAAAGAUGGCGAUGGUGAAGUGAAUGAAAUGGAGUUCCUUAGAAUAAUGAAGAAGACUAACAUGUACUAAAGAUACUGUUAAUAACUAGCAACACUGACAUUUUAAUAUAUCUCACCGAAACACAAUAAUGAUACUAAUAAUAUCA